CUGUGGUUAUAAUGUUUAUUGACAUUUACUAAAGUAACCUAAAAAUCAAUUUAAUUACCCUUACAAUAUUUAUUAAAUAAGAACAAAUUACUAGUCAUAAACGAAUUUUUUUACAGUAAAUAAUGUAAAGUGGAUUAUUGAUUGAAGAAUUGUUCUUAGUAAGCGAAUCUAAAAACUACUUAGGUACCUAGGCCAGGUUAUGUAACUUUAUGGUCCUAUGCAAUUAAAUUUUAUGCAAUGACAUCAAGAUACAGAUACUUCUGGAGAAGAUUUUUGAAUGUAAAAUUUUAUUACAAACAAGUAUCGCAAGCCACUUACAAAAUUCAUCAAAAGGUAACCUUGCCAACUACUCUUGGGUUUUCGAUGCUAACCUUACUCGGAUUUGAAAAAAAAUUGAACGCAGAAGAUGAGCUCAUUUUAACGAUCAAGCAUUGCGUACUUUUUAUUCAAAGAGGUGAACUUGAUAAAGCUGAACAGCUUCUACAUGUGGCACUGAAGCAAGCACAACAAAUUCAACAUCAACUGGGUAUAACAUACAUUUAUGAUGUAAUGGCCAAUUUGGCUCUUGAAAGGGAACAGUAUGACAAAGCAAAACAAUUAUUUAUUGCUGUAACACAAAGGAUUAUGGCUGACGGGGCUACUGAAGAUGACCUUCGUGUCAUCCACAUUAGCGUAAAGUUAGCGAGGCUUAGUCACAUGAAGAAAGAGUACACUACUGCACAACUUGGGUAUGACUGGUGUUUAGAGAAACUUAAUAAUGCAUACAAAAAAGAUCCAUCUGAACCCAAUAGGAAAUUACUAGCAAUGACAGAGGAUUGGUAUGGUCGCCUGUUCUUAGAUUGUAAUAAAAUUGAAAUAGGUCUGAACUAUAUGAAAAAAGCAUAUGAAAGAAUGAAAGAUUUGGUUGAUAUUGAACAGGAACAUCUUGUUAUACAGCUAAAUGACAUGGGUACUGUCUGUGAUCGUCUUGGCAAUGUGGAUGAAAGUAUAGAGUAUUAUUCAAAAGCAAUUGAUCUUGGCAAAAAGUUUCCUGACAUGCAUGACUUAGGAGCAAUGUAUGUUAACCUUGGAAGAGCAUACAUAAAGAAAAACAUGUUAGAUGUAGCAAGAAAAUCAUGUGGACAAGGUUGGAGGUUAGGUGUUACAACAAAGAAUAAUGAUGUAAAACGUGAGGCUGAACUUUGUAUACAAGAAAUAAGAGCCAUGUCUUAAAUG